GUAGGUUCUUGUCAUUCGCUGACAACGUCCGCGAUUGCCUCUGUAAGCCGAACGUCGCUUCAUCGCAACCUCCUUCGUCUGUUUCAGGAACCGUCUGGAAUAUGUAUGGUUACAUAAGCAACUACAACGUUCCACAGCCGUCUGAAGACGGAGCGCAGCCGAACCAAAUCGUGUACAAGCGGCACAUGUGCAUCUACUGCCGCAAAGUCUAUCCCUUGAAGAACCUGCUGAAGAAGCACAUGCAAUUCGGCUGCAAGAUGAAUCCGCGCGGUCCACCGUUCGCCUGCAAUUUCUGCCCUUAUAAGAGCAUGUACAAGGCAAACAUGGAGAGACACGUGAGGAACGUCCACGAUACCGACAGCGGUCAUAAGUUCCAUUGCGAGCUCUGCAGCUUCUGCAGCAACUAUUCAUUCUGCGUUCGCAGGCACAUGAAAACCUUCCAUCGAAAGGAUUGCAAGCAGUAGAGGAUGAAACGCCCGUUUUCCUGGCUUCUUUUCUUUUUAACUUAACGAAACGAAAGACCCUUUCGAAAAUAAUCGAUUUCCCACUAUUACCUGGACAGGAUACUAACAUUUGUUUUACGAAUAUCGCGCAAAUAAACCGAAAAUCGUGAUUAUUCGUGACAUUAGCUCAUUGAGUGCCAGGCUGGAUUCGAGCAUAGACCUUACCAGGUGUGAGUCCUUUGACCGCCGCACGCGGUCGUAUACCAAGUUGAAUUACUUAAUGUUGUGUUGUUCAAUAAAUUCGUGCGGAUUUUUACGAAAAACUCUAAGCCGAUAUCCCCUGUAGUCAAGUUUAGCUUGAUUUUUUCGUUUUUUUCGAUGACCUCCUGCCAUCGAAAAGACGUCAGUGCAUUAUUGAAUAAAGUUAUGCGUAACUAUAAAAGUAUCGGCCUUUGAAUUCUUCGAAAAAAUUCGCAUAAACUUGUCAAACGAUCCAACACAUUGCUAACCGUGCGAGUUACACCCGAUCAAGCAAAAUACUUUAAUAAUAAGAUAUCUCUUGGUAUAGAAAGUGUAAAGUUAAAGGUAUUACAGACUAUUAUUUCUGAAAGUACCUAUCACAGCAAAAAAUGUUUUAGAUAAAAGUUGUUUGGUUCGAAGGAAGAAAAAAUAUAGGGAUAUUAAUUUAACUUUGGAUAGACAUAUCGAGGUCACCAUGAAUUUUUUUAAUGGAAUUAUAUUAUAGAUUU